UGCCUUGUGCUCAAGGCUGAUUGAUGGCUGAUGUGGCUCAGCUUCCAACAUCAGUCAAAGACAACAUCUUGACAUUCAACUUUCCCUCUCCCCUUUUCGGCACUGUGCCGUUCUCUCUACUUGGCAUCAAACCUCGCUGUAAUUUUAUGGAAACAAGAGGACAGACGAACCAAACUGUGAUUAACAAUUCUUCCUUUUGUUCAAUUACGACACAUCGCCAACAACCACAACAGCACCUGUCCCUGACGAUCAGCAUCUUGCUGAACAGCUCACAACUCCUCAUCCUUCGGACUGUAUAGCGAAUCUCUAAUUGCUGGCAUACUGCUGCGACGAAGCUGAGAGGCGAUUGAUUACACAUCGAGGAGGGUUCUAAGUCAGUAUAUUACCAUACCCACGAUAGAUCAUGGCGCAAGUACUUCUGGACCUCUUCUACUCGUUCGGGAACUGUCUCAACUGCUUUCCCGGAAACCCCAACCUCAAGAUCAACAACCGGAGCUUCAAGAUCUUAAGACUACUUGGAGAGGGCGGCUUCUCUUACGUAUACCUCGUCGAAGACACCUCAACCCACGAACUUUUCGCACUCAAAAAGAUCCGAUGUCCCUUUGGCGCCGAAUCGGUACAGCAGGCCAUGCGUGAGGUUGAUGCCUAUCGCCUCUUUUCUCACGUUCCAACCAUCAUAUCCGCUGUCGACCAUUCCGUCGCAACCGAGCGCGGCGCCGACGAGGCGACAAAAACCGUUUAUGUCCUUCUGCCAUACUAUAAGCGCGGUAAUUUGCAGGACAUGAUCAACGCAAACUUGGUCAACCAUGAUCGGUUCCCUGAGCGUCGUCUCAUGUUGCUCUUCCUCGGAGUGUGCAAGGCUCUGCGUGCCAUGCACGACUAUAAGCCUGCUGUGGAGCGCAUGCACAUGGGUCGGGAAGAGGAUGAGCUGAACCAUGGUGAGAGAAACAACACACGAGGAAAGCGAACGGAGGAAGAAGAGGAGGGCGAGCAAGAAAGGGGUCUGCUGGAGGAGGAGAAUCAAGUCAGUGGAGGCAGGUCAAUUCAGCACUACGCCCAUAGAGAUAUCAAACCAGGCAACAUAAUGAUCGACGACUCCGGCUCAACCCCGAUCCUCAUGGAUUUAGGAUCUGUCGCUCCCUCGCCAAUUCCUGUUACGUCACAAUCUCUGGCCCUCCAGAUUCAAGACACGGCCGCUGAACAUUCAACCAUGCCCUAUCGUGCCCCCGAGCUUUUUGAUGUUCAGACUGGCAUGGUGAUUGAUACAAAAGUUGAUAUUUGGUCCAUGGGCUGCACUCUCUACGCCUGCCUUGUCGGCAAGUCUCCCUUUGAGAUGCGCUCAGACGAGACCGGUGGUACUCUGUCCCUGUGUGUUCUCGGUGGCGAUUGGCGCUUCCCUGACGAAGGACCUGCUGGCGUCAAGCGUUCUAAUAGCAUGCGCCCGCAGCAAGGACAACAGCAACAACAAGCACCUGCGGUUGAGAUCAGCGAGCCGAUUCGCGAAGUCGUCAGGAAGUGUCUGCGUGUUGAAGCCGCUGAGCGACCGGAUAUUCACGAGUUAAUCGAAAUGGUUGAGGAAGUCAUCGAGGAGCUUCCUGAUGACUCCCAUUAGAUGCCGGCACGAUGCGUCUUUUGAAAUGUGCAGCAGAGCGACGAAUUAAAUUUGAACACCAAUGAAGAUACCUACCUCCUUUGUUGCCCUCAUAUAGCUGGUUGGGUGACCUCCUGGGUCCGACGGUUGAUUUUGUUACAUUUCUUUUUUGUCACUUGAAGGAGACGGCGUUUAGGGUUUGGAAUGAUAGAGCCAUUUGCUGGUAAUUAACUAAGUUCUUGUCUGCUAGCCGUCCCUACCGGCCACUCCCUAUUUACGUGCCGUCUUGAGAGCUGCUGCUUAUCUGCAUGUCCUGCUAACAAAAUCAAGCGUUGCAAUCUUAGUAGUAGUAACCUUAGUAGUAGCCCACGUAUGCGGGGAAGAGCCGAUGGGUCAGACCUUUACGUCAAAUCACAUACACGCGCACCUCUGAGCCUGAGCAGACACAAUCUUCCCACUCCGAAUCGUCCUACAGCUCGAGCUUGAAAGUUGCUACCUCAAACGGUCGCAGUGUGAUCGGGAUCUUUCCGUCUUCCUUCUGGAUCUCCUCCAGUUCAUCCUCUAGGAUGUUCGUUUUGGUCACACGCUUGACAUCGAAACUAGUUUCAAUAACUCCACGACUGCGGCCUCCCAAGGACUCAUACACACGAAGAAUAAUGCUCUGGCCCUUGUUGAUGCGCAGGCCAUCAUCUCGGCUGACAUCUUCAUCAUCCUGGCCUCGCUUGAUCGUGUCCAGUACAAGAGAGUCAGACUCAUCAAUAUUAACAAGCUUGAUUGGCGCACCGGACACACUUUCUAGGACGGCCUUUGAAGCAGUAACGGGCUUCAGGGGAUUGUUGAAAGCAUAAGCAGCCUUAACAGUGGUAGACGAUAGACUGCCCUUGUGAGGUAGAAUGGCCCAUCGGAUGGAAUGGCGUCCCAUAUCGGCGUUGGCAUCAGGCGCCUUGGGUGCCCGUAGGAGUGACAGUCGCAUCGUCUUGCCUGCAGUCGCAAAACCAUACUUGCUGUCGUUGAGAAUAGAAACGCCAUAGUUGUUCUCUGAGAGGUCGGCAAACUUGUGGCAGCACACCUCAAACUUGGCCAUGUCCCAACUUGUGUUGUAAUGAGUUGGUCGCUUGGUGAUGCUGAAAGCGGUCUCGUAGGAGGCCUCGGUGUUGACUACGUUGACGGGGAACUCGACCUUGAGGAACUUGGAGUCCUCGUGCCAGUUGACGUCUGCUCUGACAUCAACCCGAGAAGGUUGCCCUUUGAGUGCUGCAGAGAGGGUGGUGUAUGACUUGAUGUAACUGUUCUCGCUGAUCUUGACAUCAGUGACCAGGGUAACUCGAUGAGGCUUUUGUUCGAAAAUCUUUGUCUUUCCAUAUUCGACCUUUCUGCGUGCGUCGAGAUGGUAAACCUCUACAUCCCAUGCUUGCCAGUAAAGAGGAAUGUCAUCGAAGAUGACAAAUUUGUUGGCCUCUCCACCCUUUUCAAUAACCUCGCGAUCGUUGACCACAUCGUACAGGGAUGUAAUGACACCGCUUUCGACGACAACGCGGAGUUGCUCGUUCUGCAG